AUGUCCGGUAUCGACUUCAUCCAGUUUGACCGCGCACUGUCAGGGGUGGACCGGGGGCCACUGCGGGUGCACUCUUCCUACGAGUCUCUGGAAGGGCUGAAACGCCACUGCCUCGCAACCCGCCUUAACAUCUGGGACGUCUCCGGGGAUUUCGGCCGUAACUGGGAGGGGCGGGAGUUUUUGCAGUGGAAACCGGCUGCGUCCGGCCACGUCAUCGAGUUUGGGCCACGGACGACGGCCUGGCACUUCCCGGCCGAUCACAUCACCGGCGCGUCGGGCUGGCGGGUGGAGUGCGAUGGGAAGACUGUGGUGUUCUCCGGCGACACCAGGUACAGCCCCGAGUUGGUUAAAGCGGCCCAGGGCGUCGACCUGUUGAUUCACGAGGCCUUCUGCGUUGCCGACAGCGUCCUCGCGAGGGCCGCGGGCCACUGCACCGGCGGCGAAGCAGGCCAGGCCGCCGCGGAGGCCGGUGCCGCAUCCCUUGUGCUCACACAUCUCACCGACGUCUACCAUGCAGACUCUCAGCCAUUGGGUGAGGAAGCGGCGGAGCACUACACCGGACCGAUCACCCUCGCCCAUCGACUUGCACCAGAUUACAAUCAAAUGAGUAGCCUAGAGAUUACCUUCCUGGGCACCGGGGCGGGAAUGUCCACGACCCGCGCUCACACCGCCAUCGCCCUCCGCUGUGCCGAUGGCACGACCCUGCUCCUUGACGGCAGCUCUGGCAAUUCGGCACUGCGAAAUGGCGAGGCAUCCGGUUUCCGGGCAAUAGACUACGACCACGUCCUGUUGUCCCAUGACCAUCAGGACCACCUGUCGGGUCUGAUGUUCGUCCAGGGCCGCCGUUCCCACGAGACUCCGGACGAGGCACCCCUGUCGAUCUACGGCAGCUCCCUUGGUCUCGAGGGCCUGCGCAAGGCCGCAAUCGCCGGCCGCGUCCCGGACAUCCGCGACGGCGGUGCCUACAACCACGUUGGUCGCCAAGUGAUGCGCUGGCAGGAAGCGCUCCCAGGCCACAAGCUGGAACUGGGGCCGGAGACUGUGGCUUGGAAUUUCGACGUUGACCACAUUCCCGGUUCCGUCGGCUGGCGCAUUGAGACGGGAGGCAUAGCAGUCGUCUUUUCGGGCGACACCACCUACAGCCGCGGCCUCGUUGAGGCCGCCCAGGGAGCAGACCUGCUGAUACACGAGGCCCUCUCCACCGACGAGAGGCAUGAUAUGGCUGUCAGCCGCCUGCACUCGACGUCCGGCGACGCGGCCAGGGUCGCUGCCGAGUCAUCUGCGAAGUUCCUGGUCCUGACACAUCUCGACGACGCCUUCCACCAAGACCAGGCGCCUCUACUGGAAGACGCUGCGCGCCACUACUCCGGCCCCAUCAGUGCCGCCUACGACCUGCUGCAAUUCAACGUUCCUCGAACAUGA